UUUUUUUUUUUUUGGAAAUCAUGUUUGCCACACUUGAAUUACCCAUAAGAGGUUGGUCAUAAAUAUUUACUUGUUUUACACAUGAGCAUCUAACUUAAGAUCGCAGAGGACAGCAGACACAAAAGACUCAAAGUAGGAAGAGCAUGUCAUCCGUGUCGAAUGAAGAAAAUAAAGGUAACCUUUCAUAUUUAUACCUCUGUUCAUUUCAUGUUCUCAUGAGAAAGCUUUUAUGUAUAGUGUGAUGGUAAACAUCCUUGUAUGCAGGUAUUACAGACAGUUCAAAUUUAUUUCAAUAUAUCUUACCUUUUCUCUUUUUUUGGGGUUCUUUGUUCGUAGUGCAAAGGUAGUUGAAUAGCAUACCAAUUGCUCCAUUUAUUCAUGCGUUUUUCAAUACAAAUAGCUCGAAGACGUAAAUGCAUGUAUCUAAAGAAUCCAGAUGAAAACUAUAUCAGAUUAGAGCCUAUUGAUAAUUCUGAAGAGGCCACAAGGACAACGACGAACGGUAGUCUUGUUUCGGAAGACAACAAAAUAUAUUUAGCAGACAAGGCCGACAAUCUCUUUGCAGCUCAGCCACGGAUCAUCGAUUCAAAUCGUGCACCUUCCGAUCCUCCUUCUCCACAGCAGCCAGCGACAAGACCUGACAGAAUGAUCGAGCAAUUGACAGACGGCUUGGUUCAGCUUACACUCAAUAGCGAGACGACGACAACAAAAUUGGAUAGCGAUAAAGUGACUCCUUGGCGUAGUUAUGGCCAAUUCAUCCGAUGGACACCCGAGCCCCACUUGCCUAGUUACUAUAGUGUGCCCAUUGAUAUGCCUUCACGAUCAAUUCAGGAACAACUGAUCGGCGUCUUCUUCAAUGAGUGUCACCAUAUUCUCCCUAUCCUCUCACGGUCCAUGUUUUACGAUCAACUCAAAGUCAAGGGUCCAUUGGUCACCCCACUCUUGCUCAAUAUCAUGUACGCCCAUGCUGUCAGAAAGGCCAAGCAAUCAGCACUCUUGCCAAACCUUGAGGUGCAGGAAGACAUCUUUUAUCAUCGUGCGAGAAAGCUAGUUGACGAUUUUCUUGAUGCUCCACGUAUCAGUACAGUGAUUGCACUCCUCUACAUGACGUUUUACGAGUGUGAUCAAAAUCGUCAACGAUCGAGCCGAGCGUGGAUGUAUAGCGGGAUGGCCAUUCGUAUGUGCUUCGAACUCGGGCUGCACACCAGUCAUUAUAGUAGCCAGAUGCCUCAGUGUGACAUUGAACUUCGAAAACGUGUGUUGUGGACGUGCUUUGUGAUGGAUAAGCUGCAGAGCUGUACGAUGGAAAGACCGUGGAUGCUGAAAUCAAAGGAUAUUGAGAUUGAUCUGCCUAGUCAAUUACCAGAAGAUACAGCGUAUGAGCGGCUUGUGCUAGAAGCAUUCACACAGUUGUGUCGGCUGAUGAUGCUUGUUGAAAAAGUCAUUCGAUUUUUUACUUACGACGUCAAGGAUGGAUGGACGAUGGAAGAAGAAAACCAAAUAUUGCAGUACUUGGAUGCCAUUCAUCGGUGGAGAGAGAUGCUGCCUGUGGAAUUACGAUGGACUGAGGAAGAGAUACCUGCAUCUGCCGUAAUAACGAACCUUCACUUGAUUUGCUAUGACCUAGAGUUGUCGCUUAUCAUGUGUUGUCGACAAGAUCAACAUAUACGUGACAGGCGACAUGCGCUUGCCAGCACUAUUACCGAAAUUGUCUCACUCACUGUGCAGUACCCACAUCUGAUGUACACCUCUGCCGUAUCAGCGUUCUCGGCCGUCUUUGCUGCUCUCACACACGUUGUUGACUUUGAUAGUCCCGAACUAGACGUGGGCAAAACAGCCAAGGUGCAGUUCAGAAAGAGUCUCGAAGAUAUUCGGCUCUUGGUCGAAAAGAUCCCUAUGGGUGAUCUACGUAGUAGCAAUUUUUCUCGAUUGAUAGACGUCAUUCUCCAACCCAAGCAUCAAUUUUAUAACAAUCAUCAUCAUCAGCAUCAAGACCAUCAUGACACCUAUGCAUCUGCAUUCUCCGAAAUCAACGACCUUUGCCACAAACAGAAUAAUCUGCCUUCCACUUCUUCAUCUGUAGACAUACUCGCUGGUCGACAAGACAUUCUAGAUAAUUCGUAUAUAAUACCUGCCAAUAACUCUACCGCACCAUUCUCUAUAGAAUCUUGUUAUCAGCAUCAAGUCAGUGGUAAUUCGUCUCCUUCUGGUUCUGUCUCGGCUGCUGCCAUGGCGGCAGCAGCGGCGGCGGUAGGUGCUGUAGGCACGCCAGGUUCAACUCCACGAUCCUCCAGUAGAAGUAUCGAACCUGCUGACUACACAUUUGAACUUAUUUCUGUUGCUGAUGAAUGGGCAAGAUCACUCAUGUAUUAAUUCAUCCUAUCUUUGCCUGUUCUUUCUCUCUGUAUGCGUGUACAAAAUAACAAAAAAUUGCCAGUAAAUAUAUAAAAUUUGCUUUAAUAAUAAUAAUAGUAGUAGUAGUAGU